AUGACAGCCUCCAAUCUUCAUUCAAAUCCGGUUGCUCCCAGAGGGCCUAAGCAGCACUUGCAAGCACCAGCAAUGGCAAAUCCACCGAGUGCACCUUCUUCUAUUUUGGCUGCUGAAGCUGCGGCUGCUUCAGGGACUUCUGGACAAGCAGUUUCUUCAGGCAUAAACUACACCAUGAACAUUAACAUCAACAGUCAUAAUAAUAUGACGCAUCAUCACCGUGGCCAUUAUUAUCAUUCUAAUGACGGUUUUUAUAAUAAUGCUGAUCAUGGAAGGAAACGAUUAAACAAACCUCAACGAAACCAUUACUCAAAUCAGCAGCAUUCUGGAAACAUGCAACAUAAUCCCCAAAGCCCUAAUAUAAAAUAUAACCAUACACCGGAAAUUUCUUCAUCCCAAGUUUAUUACACAUAUUCCCCCAUUGCACCAUACCCCUAUAUUCCAUACGCUCCUCAACAGAUGCCCCCUUUAGAUUCGUCUGCUUCUAGCUCACCAGCCCCUACUCAGGCCAGACCUCACCGUCCUAUCACUAUCAUUAACCCGGAGACUCAGCAGCCUGUUGUGCUUCCCAAGGACACUUCCGCUUCUAAGGACACUUCAGCUCCUUCCUCAUCAUCCUCCUCCUCCGCCCCUUCUUCUUCUUCCGCAGCUGCCUCGGCUUCUUCUGCAGCCACCUCAGACGCCACCCAUGGUUCUCCCGUAGGUGCAAAGUCCACACUCUCUGAGUCAUCAGAAGCUGCUGCUAGCAAAAAGUUCUCUUUUAAGGAAACCAUUCAACGCAAAAUGGAAGAACAAAGAAGAAAUGAUGAAGCUAAGGCCGCUGCCGAGGCUAAGGCCGCUGCUGAUGCUAAGGCUGCUGCUGAAGCAAAAGCUGCUGCUGAAGAAAAGGCCGCUGCUGAAGCACAAGCUGCUGCCGAAGCUGAAAAGGCUGCUGCUUCUAACGCUGAAGAGCCUACUGCUCCAGAGACUGAUACAUCUAAGCCUACACAGGAGGAAUCCUCUCCCGAGAAACCCGCCGCUGAUGCAGCUGCUGAAAACAAGCCCGAGGAUGACUCGAGUGUUGAGACCCGCAUUGAAGCUGCUCUUGCUUCUGUCAAUGACCGCAUCACAAGCCCUCUCCGUCUUCUUCAAAAUGCUUAUAAACCCACUCCUGCUGAAGUUUUGAGCUUUACAUACCCAGAAGGUUUCAAGAAACCUGCAGUUGCUUCCAAGGCUGAGGGUGUUUACCUUUAUGAUCCUGAGUUCUUAUACCAGUUCCAGUCGGUCGUCACCUUCCCCCCUAAGGAAAAGUGGGAGGCUAUUCGCAGCAUCAUGGCUGUUAACUCUUCUAACAGUGGCCACGGCAGCAAACCUCACGGCGGCAGAAGCAACUCUAGCAGAAAUAACUUUAGCAACAACCAGCCUAUGGGAUCUUUUGGUCCUGGCUCUGGUUUCCGCACAAUGAAUGAUAGAACAUUGUCCAAUGCUGGUGGUUUCAAUAAGAAUUCCCGUAUGGGCUCUAACUCUAACCUUAACUCGAUGGGUUUCAAGUCUGGUAGACAAAACUCCUCUCGCAGAAACAGAAACAAUGAAAGAACCGGCUCUAACCGUGGUAACAGGGAAAGUAGCAUGCACAACUCUUCUCACGGUAGCUUUUACUCUCGUCAAAACACUAACGUCAAUCCUGAAAAUGCUGACGCCUCCAAUAAGAAUGAGACUGAUGAAGCCUCUGCUGAGCCUUCCGCUCCUCCUCCUCCCCCCGCCCCUGUUGCUCGUUCUGCAAAUGCUUGGGUUCCUAGAUCCCUCAGAAAGGACGUCAACCCUGACGAUGAAAGUAAGCUUACUCCUGAGGUUGUUCAGCGUAAGGUCAAGUCUCUACUUAACAAGAUGACUUUGGAUAACUUUGACAUUGUUACCGAUCAGAUUGUUGAAAUCUCUAAGAAAUCUGUUGAAGAAAAGGAUGGCAGAACUCUCAGACAAAUCAUUGAGCUCACUUUUGCCAAAGCUGUUGAUGAAGCCCACUGGUCCAACAUGUAUGCCCGCUUCUGUGCUAAGAUGCUUACCAAGACUGACCCUGCUAUUUACGACGAGAAUGUUCGUGAUGCUCAGGGUGAGUUUCUUAAGGGCGGUGCUCUGUUUAGAAAGUACCUCCUUUCCCGGUGUCAGGAAGAAUUUGAACGUGGCUGGACUGACAAGCUUCCUACUAACGAAGAUGGCACACCCAUUGACCCUGAACUCAUGUCUGAUGAGUAUUAUGAAUACAUGAAGGCCAAGAGACAUGGUCUUGGUUUGAUUCGUUUCAUUGGCGAACUUUUCUAUCUUAAGAUGCUUACGGAGAAGAUUAUCUAUCGCUGCUUUAACCGUCUUUUAACUACCGAAAGCUUUUCUGAGGAGAUCAUCGAGUCUCUCUGCCAACUCAUGACAACUGUUGGUCCAGCUCUUGAAGAGAAGAGCACUGAAAUAGUUGACAAAUACUUCACCGUUAUGAAGACUAUUCAGGAAACACCUGGCCUUGGCAGCAGAUUUAAAUUCAUGCUUAUGGAUGUUGCUGACUUGCGUGCCAACCACUGGCAGAACAACAAGAAGGACAAGGGCCCUAAGACCAUUGCCGAGAUUCACGAGGAAGUUGCUCAAAAGCAAGCUGAGCGUGAACGCCAGCAGAACCAGAGCCGUAGUGGCAGCAUGCGUGGUAAUGGUCCUCGUCGUGUCAAUAACUCCUCAACUCACCUUAGCGUUAUGGGUCUUGACAACUUGCGUAACUUUAAUAACCAGGGUAGCUCGCACCGUGGUGACUUUAGCAGCUCCCGUGAGAAUUCUACUCGUGGCAGCAGGCGCGGUGGCAGCUCAAUGGGCAUUGGUGCCAGCUCUCCUGGCAUUGCUCUUUCUUCUGAGGGCUCUCGUGCACCCAGUCAAAACAAUACCAGAAACUCGUUUAUGGCUUUGAGCGAGGAUGGCGAUAAUUCUCAACAGAAUUAA